UCAGUUGGUGUAGACGCGGUGUUAUUUCGGGAUCCAAGUGCGAGUGUAGCCAAAGCAGAGAGUCAUCACGGGCAAGGGAAUGGUUUUCUCGUCCAGCAGAAGCAAAGAAAAAACUGUACAAGAUUUUCCUUUCUAGCCUGUUUCCGUACCGUGUUAAAGAUUCAAUUCGUCAAUCACCGUUGCUCGCGGGUUGCGCCGAAACCGGAAGAAUCGCCAUAUCGUAGCCAUUCGCUAGUGAAAGAAGGGAAAAAGAAAAGCAGGUGAAAAAGUCCGUCGCUCUCCAAUUUCAUCCGAAAGCAGAGCAGUGGCAAGAAGGGGGAAAGAAAAAAAAACACCUCCAAUGCCAUUGGACCCUCCGUCGUCCGUUUUCCGAACCGACAUUAAAGUGGAAAAGAAACAAACCUUGCCGAGUUAGUAAUAGGCCUGGUGGAUGUGGAUGCAUAGCAUUGCUGUACAACGAAACCAAUAGCGCCAGUUGGAGGUGUAGUGGUGGGUCACACCGAGUGUGGGGGGGCUAAGCAACAAAAAAAAAAAAAAAGAUUUCAUACCAAGCGAUUAUGUGAAUAGUUUUCCUUAGCAGGCCAUUGCGCGCUGUGGUGUGCGUGUUGUGCAUGAGGCUGUGUGUGAGAGAGAGAACGUGUGUGCAUAUAGGUAUUGCGUGUGCCGUACAACGGGUAUGUGUGUUUACUACUGAAACCACACACUACAGCCGUCAGCGACCAAAUUGUGUGCAUUUAUCUGUGGCCGAAAAUUGUGUCAAAUCGGUGUGUCGCAGGUGCCAGCUAGAGCCACAAAAGGGAGUGUGGGGUGGGAGGAUCGCACAAGUUGUCGCGCAGUGAAACGGGAGUCCCCCUUCACGGAAAGGGUGGUUAGUAAUCCGCUCCACUAUCGAUCACAUUGUCGGUGUCACGGCGCAAGGUAGUGUAGUUCACAGCGAAAACAAGUCGCGCUGUGUCCGUGUUUGGUUUUAUCGUGACAACGCAGACGGCAGCAGACAGCCAAGCCCGGAAGGAAGGUGGCGAACGGAACGCGGCUGGUGGUUUGUCACGUUUUUCCCAGUGCCCCCUGUAAAGGGUCUAGUAGGCCGUGGUAGUGUGCCGCUGCGAGUGUAGUGAAAAGUGUUCGCUAGUGUGUGCGCGCGCGAGUGAAGAAUUGCAUUGGUUCGCCUUCGUUCUGCUGGUGGUGUGUGCGUGCGCGUUUGGUCGGCUGUGUGUGUGCGUCUCUCUGUUCUGCUGUUACCGAGUAGUGUGUGCUUUGGUGCCGGGGCCUAGGAGUGAAAAAUAAUGAGUCGCCAUGAAGGAGUCAGCUGUGAUUCGUGCUUGAAAAGUAACUUCCGUGGAAGACGGUACAAGUGUCUGAUCUGCUAUGAUUACGAUCUGUGCGCGACCUGCUAUGAGGAGGGCGCGACCACAACCCGCCACUCGACCGACCACCCGAUGCAGUGCAUACUGACGCAGUCCGACUUUGAGCUGUACUAUGGGGGCGAGGUGCUGCCGGCCGAUCAGCCACAGUCCUUCACCUGUCCGUACUGCAAGCGGAUGGGCUUAAGCGAUUCGGCACUGCUGGAGCACGUCAGCGCGGAACACACCGAUACCGGGCUGGAGGUGGUCUGUCCGGUCUGUGCUGCACUGCCCGGUGGCGAGCCGAACUUUGUGACGGACGAUUUUGCACGGCAUCUAAGUCUGGAGCACCGGAGCGGUUCCCGGGAUCUCAUCUCGUUUCUGGAUGAGCCAUCAGCGAUCCGCCAUGGAGGAGUCAGACGAAUGCCCCACUCGGGACGUGCGCUCGGUGGGCCACGAUCGCGCCGCUCCAACAUGCACUUCAGCUCGUCCGGCGGAGGUCUGUCCACGCUGUCGCCGUCGGGCAGAGAAUCGGUAGACCCGAUCGCGGAACUACUGCAGCAGCUAUCGAAUGUUCGCCGCGGAGGAGCACCGCAACCAUCCCAGUUGCAGCAACUACAGAUGCAAAUUCAGCUCGAGCGACAGCAAGUCACCGCCGCUCGUCAACAGUUGGAACGGCUACCAAGACGACAGCAGCAACCGGCCGUCGUGUCCUCCGCCCCGAACGCAACCGGUGUCAACAACAAUGCGAUCGGUGCGACACAAGCCAAUCCGAACCAUACAAUCAUCACACUGAAUGCCGGCGGUGGGCGCGAUGGUGGACCGAUCGCCGCUUCCUCCUCGCUGCCAAUGGUGUCCACCGGCGUCGGCGUCUGCAAUGUACCGGGCUCGAUCGGAAGUGGCUCCGGCGCCGGUUCCGGUGCGCAGCAGUCGCAGUUCUUGAUGGCCCGCUUCAUGGUACCGACCAUGGACGAUGCCGAACAAACGCAGCUGGGACGUGACCGAGCGGACAGAUCACAGUUUGUUCAAGCUUUAAUGUUAUCAACCAUCGCGAACGUGCAGCCGUUCAACAAAGCCGCCGACGAGGAGCUGUCCGAUGAGUUGAGUUCAAUGAAUUUAGGCAGCAGUACCGUUAACAGUAGUGUAAAAAGGCUACCCACGGACGAGGACGGCGGCGAGACGGGUGGUGAGCAGCUGCUGCAGGAUGGUGCUACAACGGCGGACAGUAACUACGGCAAGGAGGAUGGAAAUUGUGAUAGUUUCAAGCACGGUGCCGAUGCCUCCGCCAACGGCGGUUCGAAUGACGAUGCGCCGAACGUGAUGAUGCAUCCGUUGGGACAUCGUGGUGGGCAUGCCGGGUCCGGCAAAGCGAAAGGAGCAAGCUCAGCCAAGUCGGGCGGUGCCGGUGGUGGUGUUGGUGGCGGACCAGUCGAGCGCAGAGCGUCCCGUCAAACGCCGCCGUCCGGUGGUGGUGGUGGUGGCGGCGGAGUCGGCAAUAAUGCAGCCAAAGCCCGUGAACUGAAGCAGGCAAACUCUUCGUCGAACACUUCCACGUCGGUGUCCUCGAGGCAGCAGCAGCAGCAGCAGCAGCAGCAUCACGUGCCCGACUCUAGGUAGUGUCGUUUGGUUGGGGAAAUGGUAUAAGUUAUUUAGCAAACAUGAGCAGCAGGAGCAGCAUAAAAAGCAGCAGCAGCAGCAGCCGUAGUAGCAGUAGUAGUCACAACACAAGCAGAAAACCCACAUUAUCUAUUUGUCUCUUAAUCCAUGGAACGAUUCGGUGCAAGGGGACGAUAGCAGCAAGCAAAGCAAGGCAAGUUCCGCACCGACUGUAAAGGGAACUAAUUUAUAGGAAUGUAGCUUAGAGCGAAGGGCGUGUGGCGAGUGGGGCAAGUAUGGAACGAUGCGCCGGCCUCACCUACAGGUGUGUUUGUGUGUGUGUGUGCGUGUGUGCGUGUGUGAGUGUGUAAAAACAUAAAGGCGGAAGGAGCCGAGCUGCGUAAACAGAACGUAAAAUUAUUACUAUGUGUGAUCACCAAAAAAAAAAACAAGAAACGAGAAACAAACCACAACAAAGGCAGAUAUAGAAUGAUUUGAAAUGAUUUGGCGCAAAAGCAAACGUUGAACGAGGUUAAUACCUAGCUCUCCUAACGGUGGAUAAAUAGAGCAUCGGAGGUAAGGAAUUCAUGCCACCAAGCAGAGGAUACAUUAAACUAAAUAUAGCUAUCUUUCUAAUAAGGGAAUGGAACACCUAACACGGGAUACGAAAUUGUUGGGCGAACUAGUUAGUGGGAUGACGUUGGAUGAACUGUUCGUUGCAGGAAGAAGCUGUGUGCUGCGUGCGCGUGGGUUUCGCCACCAUCACAGGACGCUACAUUUCAAUUACAGAAGAAACAUGAAAAGAUAAACAAUUAAUCCAUCCAUCUCGGUUAUUCGGUUCUUUUGGUCGUUGGGUGCAUGAUGCGACACGUUGCUUUGGCGCAGCGAUCAUCUUUUAUUGUUUAAAUUUGGUUGUACUUUUUGGUUAAAUGAAGCUGUACUUCGAGCUCGAAAAAUUAGUCGGUGGAGAACUUUACGUGUACAAGCCAAGCACGCGGUGGCUGAUACGACCGUUUAGUUGCGGUUCAGCUAAGACACUUUCCGAUUCUUGUGCGGAUGCUGAUGUGUGGAACGCGGUAACGUUUCGAAAGAUAGGAAAAAUAAAAUCGAUGAUGGAUAAAUCAUUAAUCAUUGCGCAAAAGAAAUCAUACGACUCGUACACGAGCACCAUGCCAAGCUGAGAUACCCCGAUAAGCUUAGCACACUAGUAAUUAGGCCGUAAAUCGAUGGACCUGAAGCCUGAGGCAGGAACCGAACAGUGAAUUUGUGUGCGCAAAAUACGCAAGUGAUUGAGAUAUCGUUCGCGGGGGGGGGGGGGUCAGAAAGACAGACAGGGAGAGAGAGAAAGAGAGGCCAUUCAUAGUCGUGUUUGUUGGAUAUUUCUUAAAAUUUCAGUUAUAGAAUUGCAUUACACCUCAUUACAACAAAACGUAAGCAAAUUGCACAUCCAAUGCCACAGUACGACAAAAAACAGCAGCAAUUAGUUUAGUUUCGCUCGAGCCGGUUUAAGCUGGGUGUACGCUUCCUGUCGCAGGAUUAGUUCGACACUCGAGCUUAGUGUGUGUCUCCUUUGCACAGAGGGAAAAAGGCGCGUAUGUACAUGUAUAAUUUUCUUCUCGUUUAAUAAUUCGUUGGUCAGGCAUUGUAAUGUCACAUGCCUGGUAGUUGGAAGAAAGCUUUUUGCUGCUCAUCGGUUUACUCGUUCUGUUGUGCGAUGGUUUCGGUUCGGUACAAGUGGACACCGAACCGGCGGCCAAUAACCUGUGAAGCUGUUGGUGAUUUUUUUCUUUCUCUUUUUCAUUAUCAUACUAUUUUCCCAGCUGAGAAUUCAUACAUGGUUCUGAAUACAACAACAACAACAAAAAAGUAUAUUUAUCUAGCGCUUGUAUAGAAAUUUAAAUUUUAAAAACAAUCGAUAAUUACAACAACAAAAAACAAGUAAUAUUUCAAUGUUGAAAAUAAAGCAAGACAUAGGAAAAAAAAUA